AUGCCUUGCUGCUGGCAUAGAUAUAAUCAAAACGUCACCCUGGACGUUCUCGUGCAACUCUACCGUUGCGAAUAUACUUCUACUCGAGCUAAGGCCUCAUCAAAUGAUAAAAACUUGUGCAACGAGGUUCCCAUCGACCACCGUCUCAAGCAAUAUCUUCCCAGCGCCAAAGACAAACAUUCUCAGCAGAUCGGAAAAGAUGCAGACAUUAUUGAGAGCUUUGGUGCCAUCAUGGUCCGUGAUAACGGGACCUAUCCUUCCCAGAACGAGGCGGGCUUCGCCGCAUGGCUUACCAGACCAGACAUGCAAGGUAUUCUUGUCAUUCCGCUGUUACAACCAGCCAAGACACAGGUCUACAAUGCAGACUUUCAGUGGGUCAAGGACGAAUGUUCUACGCUGGCUUAUCUGGAGGAAGUCUAUAGCCCUUUGUGA